AUGCUCAGGACGGUCUCAAAAAUCUCAUUUCACCGCUCUUUGCAUAACUCUGCAUCUCGUCCUGCAAAUGUAAUCCGUCCGGGUCGUGUGGGAGCUGUACUGGGAGCUUCUGCGGUCGUGUCUACUUACAUUGCCUGGAGGACACUUCAUAAGGAUAGUAUUGCAUUGGAUUCUGCUGCUUCUCCUCCAAAGCAAGUACCGCUUACGCCUAAAGCAUCUGUUUCUCCCGAUGCUCUGACGCAUUUCCCUUCCACCGCGACGCAACACGAACCGUCUUUACAUCCACCACAUAUCCACGACGUUCCGACGGAAGAUACGUCCGCGGACACGCCCGACGCGUCUGAAGGCGCGGAAGAGGCGAGCAGCGGUGGUGCCUUUAAUCCCGAGACCGGCGAGAUUAAUUGGGACUGUCCCUGCCUGGGCGGAAUGGCCCAUGGGCCCUGUGGUUUGCAGUUCAGAGAAGCGUUCUCCUGUUUCGUCUUCUCGGAGAAGGAGCCGAAGGGCAUUGAGUGCAUUGAAAGGUUCAAGGCAAUGCAGGAUUGCUUCAGGGAACACCCGGAUGUCUACGGCGAAGAUAUCAUGGACGAUGAUGACGACGACGAAGAUUUGGCGACGCCAUCCGCUGACUCACCAGAAGGCCCGCAGACUGUGCAGACGACUUCGGAGCCAUCGUCGUUGCCAGAGAUGCAGUCUCCUCCACGCAAGAGUAGCCGUUCACAACCCGCGACUCCGUCGUAA